ACACCUGUGUCACGUCUACCGUUUCUCAUCAAAACACCAACAUGCUUCAUUUAUACGGACAAGGAUUACCCAGGAGAGCGCCGAAACGAAGGGGACGAAGAGCUGUCAGCUUGACGCAGCCCCAUAUAUUUAACCGCUUUGAAGAGCCUUCCAAACACCCGAUCAUCCAACCAUACAGCAGCAAAAAGAGAAAAGUGAGUGAUCGAAAUGAUGGAAUUACUGUGAACGUCAGUGGAAAGAAAUACUUCUUCACUGGAAGAUUGUUAUCUCUAUUUCCCAACAGUCUACUGGCGCAUUGUAGAAAACGAGCUUUUUUCUACGAUUCUAUACGCGACGAACUGUUCUUCGACAGGAAUCGAACAGCGUUCGAAACCGUGUUCCAUUUCUACGUGUCAAAGGGGCGAUUGAUGUUUCCCGAUGAAAACUUUCCAGAACAGCUUCUGGCGGAUGAGCUUUACUUUUUUGGGCUAUAUGAGUACAUUAACGAAGAUAUCAAAAAGACAAAAUUAGCCUUGCCAAGUGCUUUGACCAAGAGACAAGUUAUGCCUUUAAGAAAGUGUCAAAGAGAAGUAUGGAAGAUCUUUGAAGUUCCAGAUUCAAACGCACUAGCUAGGCUGGUCAACUUGUUCUCUUUACUCGUUAUUGUCUGUUCAGCUAUAAUCCUGUGUGUUGAUACUCUCCCUACCUUCAGGAACUACAAAGCCAUGACCUUGGCAUCAAAUGCUGCAUCGAACACAUCAAAGAACUCGAGUUAUGGCAACCAUUCCACAAAGACACAAAAAAUAGGGAUCGUUCAUAUCUUGGAGGCUUCUUGUAUUUCAUGGUUUACUUUGGAACUCAUUGCACGAUUUUCCGUUUCUCCAGAAAAACGAAAGUUUUUUGUUCAAGCUUUGAAUAUCAUCGAUUUAGUAGUCAUUGUUCCAUUCUACAUCUCGUUGUUUAUAUCCUUUGGAUCUAUUCGCGUCUCAUUGUACAUUUUGCGUAUUCUCCGUUUGUCAAGAGUUUUUAGAGUAUUAAAAAUAUCUCGCUAUGUUACUACUAUGAAAGUACUGGGAAAAACUUUCAAGGACAGUAUUGGUGACCUCUGGACAAUGUUAUUUCUGAACAUAAUUGGAACUGUUCUCUUUGGGAGCAUAGCUUACUAUUGUGAACAGUGGCACGAGGGGACUAAGUUUGAGAGUAUCCCGGUGAGCUGUUGGUGGGCUAUGGUUACCAUAACAACGCUCGGCUAUGGAGAUAUCGUUCCUAAAACACUAGGGGGUAAGAUAACAGGUGGAGUGUGUUCAGUGUCUGGAGCUUUACUCAUCACACCCUUCUUGCCAAUCAUCUUUGAAAAGUUUAACCGGUAUCAGCAGCAGGAGGAGUUCAAACCAAAAAGUAAUGGGUACGACAUGCGGGAAAAACAAAGAAAGAGAGCUUACACGGUUGACUACACUACGCAUGAGCAAUGCCAAGUAAAUGAACCGCUGGUCAGAAAAAGGCAGAGGAGAUUCACGGUCUGAAAAACAACCAACAAGAAGGGUGGAUAGAGAAUUUUAAAUACACCUCCAGCAUAAGAAGCUCAGAUAUUCAAGAGAACUUCAUACCAUGGAAAUGAUUUAUUAUUUUCGUAAAUAUAACUGUACUUAUUACUUGAUCAUUGUAUGCUCGAGAAUCUUACAGUCUCUGAUUUUGAGAGUCAAGGGAAUUAAACUCAUAUUUGGUGGCCUA